AUGGACAAGAGAAUCCCAUUCAUUCUGCUGGCCUGUAUGAUAGGGCUUGGAAUGAAUGUUCCUCUACCAGGAAAUUUACAGGUUUAUUUACCUGGAAUGGAAUUACUUGGCAAAGAUACAAACACCCUGGAUGUUCUAAAGUCAUUAUCAAAAUCAAAUCCAGAGGAUAACAACAUAAAAGAAGAUCGAGAUGUCUUCAGUAAGAUUAUUGAGCAAAACAAAGGCAUUAAGGAGCCGAUGGUCGAGGGAGACAUCCUCAUAAGCCCCAGUGGUCGAAGUGCAACUAAUUGCAAAGGCUGCCUUUGGCAAAAAUCUGCUGAAGGGACAGUUGUUGUGCCUUAUAACCUUUCCCCUGAUUACACUGAGCAGGAGGUGGCUUUGUUUCGGAACGCCAUGCAAGAGUACGAAACCUUGACCUGCGUGCGUUUUGUUCCUCGGAAAACCCAGGGUAACUUCCUCAACAUUGUGAAAGCAGGAGGCUGUGGCUCCUACGUGGGCAGAAUUGGAGGUGGCCAGACAACGUAUCUUAAUGAUGGUUGCUUGUCCAGAGGGACCAUUCAACACGAGCUGAACCAUAACCUCGGCUUUUACCACGAGCAGUCAAGGAGUGACCGUGAUGACUACGUGACUGUCAUGACUCAGUACAUCUCAUCAGGAAACCUGAUCCAGUUCCAAAAAGAAGAUUCCAAUAACCUGGGUCUAGAAUAUGACUACGGCUCAGUGAUGCAUUAUCCCAGUACUGCUUUCAGUAACACAUCGGGACAAUCAACUAUCAUACCCAAGCCUGAUCCAUCCGUACCCAUUGGACAAAGAAAUGGAUUGAGUCCUCUGGAUGUUUCAAAAAUUAACAGACUGUAUGAGUGUGGUGUUUGGGGAACAUUGCUCAAUACGGCCAGUGGAACUGUGACCUCAGCCAAUUACCCCUCUGUUUAUCCCAAUAACUCAAGCUCUGUUUGGUUAAUUAGGACGCCAUCUGGUCAGGUUUCUCUGCAGUUUAAAGCCUUUGAUGUCCAGUCCUCUCAAGACUGUGCCUCUGACUACAUUAAGAUUUACGACGGUCCCGUCAAGACAUCCCCUGUGUUAGUGGACAGAGCGUGUGGCGCAGGACUGAUCCCACCGAUAAUCUCUUCCACUUCUCAGAUGCUUAUUGAGUUUGUUAGUGAUGGUGACACCACUGCCACCGGCUUUAAAGCUACGUACAGCUCAGUACAAUGUGGAGGGGCUUUCUACGCACCAACAAAGAACUUCACCUCUCCUGGAUACCCCAACGGCUACUCAGUCAAUAUGGACUGUUACUGGAAAAUCACAGCUCCUGAAGGCUAUAAGAUUUCUCUGACAUUUAAUGAGUUUGUCUUGGAGUCUGGUAUGUUCGGAUUUUGCCGAUACGACUAUGUGAAGGUUUAUAAUGGAGCAGAUAGCAGCUCCCCACCGAUGGGGACAUACUGUGGCACUAGAUCCUUGGCUCCUUUGGUCUCAUCCGGAAAUUUCAUGAUGAUUCAGUUUCGUAGUGAUCAAUCAAACACUUUUAAAGGGUUCAAUGCUACAUACGUGUCCUUGCCAAAGUCAUAAAGUAUAUGGAGUAGAAGAAAGUUAUUGUUACAACAGAAUUUUGUAGAGGACCGACUAAAAGUUUUC